GUCGUUGGCUCCUCCCCCUUCUCCUGUGUCUGUCCAUCCUGCGUGUUUCUCGCUGCUGUUGCUGCUGCGGACUCUGGAGUGACUCGUAGCUGCUGUUUUAAGAUAAAUAAUCAUGUCUCUGGAGGUGGAAUCCGCAGACGUGAUCCGUCUGAUUAUGCAGUACUUAAAAGAGAACAAUCUGCACCGGACUCUCGUCACGCUGCAGGAGGAGACCACUGUGUCUCUGAACACCGUGGACAGUAUCGAGAGCUUCGUGGCAGACAUCAACAGUGGCCACUGGGAUACUGUCCUGCAAGCCAUCCAGUCCCUCAAGCUGCCAGAUAAGACUUUAAUAGACCUUUAUGAGCAGGUUGUGUUGGAGCUGAUUGAGUUGAGAGAGCUUGGAGCAGCUCGUUCCCUCCUCAGACAGACCGACCCCAUGAUUAUGCUGAAACAGACGCAGCCAGAGAGAUACAUCCACUUGGAGAACCUGCUGGCUCGCUCUUACUUCGAUCCCAGAGAGGCAUACCCAGACGGCAGUAGUAAGGAGAAGCGUCGGGCAGCUAUUGCUCAGGCUCUGGCUGGAGAGGUCAGCGUGGUGCCGCCCUCUCGUCUCAUGGCUCUGCUGGGACAGUCUCUGAAGUGGCAGCAGCAUCAGGGUCUCCUUCCUCCUGGUAUGACCAUCGAUUUGUUCAGAGGUAAAGCUGCCGUCAAAGAUGUGGAGGAGGAGCGCUUCCCCACGCAGCUCAGUAGACACAUCAAGUUUGGACAGAAAUCUCAUGUGGAGUGUUCCCGAUUCUCCCCUGAUGGUCAGUAUCUGGUCACCGGCUCCGUAGACGGCUUCAUUGAAGUCUGGAACUUCACCACUGGCAAAAUCAGAAAGGAUCUGAAGUACCAGGCUCAGGAUAACUUCAUGAUGAUGGAUGAUGCCGUGUUGUGUAUGUGCUUCAGUCGGGACACAGAGAUGUUGGCCACCGGAGCCCAGGAUGGAAAGAUCAAGGUCUGGAAGAUCCAGAGCGGUCAGUGUCUGAGGAGGUUUGAACGAGCCCACAGCAAAGGAGUUACAUGUCUCAGUUUCUGUAAAGACAGCAGCCAGCUCCUCAGUGCCUCCUUCGAUCAGACCAUCAGAAUCCACGGACUGAAGUCAGGUAAAACUCUAAAGGAGUUCCGCGGUCACUCUUCGUUUGUCAACGAGGCCACUUUCACCCCAGACGGGCAUCACAUUGUCAGCGCCUCCUCCGACGGUACAGUAAAGGUGUGGAACGUGAAGACCACAGAGUGCAGCAGCACCUUUAAACCUCUGGGAACAUCAGCCGGCACCGACAUCACAGUCAACAACGUCAUCCUGCUGCCCAAGAACCCCGAGCACUUUGUAGUGUGUAAUCGCUCCAACACUGUGGUCAUCAUGAACAUGCAGGGACAGAUCGUGAGGAGUUUCAGCUCUGGUAAGAGGGAAGGCGGUGACUUUGUGUGCUGCACUCUGUCGCCCCGCGGUGAGUGGAUCUAUUGCGUGGGAGAAGACUUUGUGCUCUACUGCUUCAGCACAGUCACCGGCAAGCUGGAGAGAACGCUGACGGUACACGAGAAGGACGUGAUCGGCAUCGCCCACCACCCCCACCAGAACCUCAUCUCCACCUACAGCGAGGAUGGCCUGCUGAAGCUCUGGAAGCCUUAAAAGCGUCGUCCUGAGAGGACACUUGAUGUACUCACCGAGCAGCUGCUCUCCUCACUCCCGACUCUGCUCAGCCCUUUCUGUUCUGUUUUACAUCCGUCAAAGCUCCACGUGGACUUUAAGGUUUAGAUUUACAGGAGCGCCAUCAGUUUGACACAUUCAGGUGCGUGUUUAGGAUGGUACACAGCAGAGCCGUCAUUUACUAAGCCUUCACUUCUUGCAAACAGGCUGCAAAAAUCUUUCAUAUUAAAUUGUCACUCAGUGUCUACAAUACUUCAUUUUCAGGUUGUCCAACGUACAAUUAGUGUGUCUUACAAAGCCGCAUUUGCUUUACUGUGAUUCUGUUUAUUCCUGUUAAUCAAGCAGCAGGUAUGAAACUAUGAAGUGUGAAGCACUAGACGGCUACAAAUGCUUCUUCUGUAUUUUGCCAGAUGGUGAGAGAAAGCCCCUUCACAGUCAUUCUGUGCUCAUUUUCAGUGGCUGUUCAAAUAAAUAAGGUUCUUCUGCUCAACACCUGAGCUUCACAGACACUUGAUAAGCGUUUUCUCACAGAGGAGGGGAGCUGUCAAGUGUUCGGGGUGAGGAGUGUAGAUACUAGAAUCAAUUCUUGUUUUGAAAAUUCCUCUUCUUUGUAAAUAUAUUUUUUAAUAGCAUUUUUUUGGGAUUGUUUUUCCAGAAAGGCCUGGUUAAAUAGUGUGUGUUGUUGUGUUGUUUUUUUCUUAACAAAAACAUGUUACGUGUUAACGUCAUCACUCAGAUCUUCCAAUGUGGCUGAUGUGUAGUCAAAAAAAGCAGUUUUGUCAAGAGGAGACUUGCAGUGAGGGAUUAUACUGUCACGUAAAAUAUUGAAAUUUUAGAAUAAAGCAUCUUAUUAUUAGGUUUUUUUCUCCACAUUCCACAAGCACGUCUUGAGGAAUCAGACUUAAAUGUUGAGGACUGUUUUUUUUUCUUCAUCUGCUUUAGUUUUCUUUUUCAUUCAUGUCAGCUUGAUGGUCAGAUUUAUACAACUUCUCCCAGAUCUUGCGUGCAUGAAUUUAAAAGGAAGCUUCUGGAUGUACAAAUGUCCCUCGUAACAUUUCUUUGUGCCAUUAAAGCUAUUUAACCAGAA